UUUAGCGAUUUUCCGCUCAUUAAUAAUUCAUAACCAAAAUGAUUCGACUAAUCUUGUGUGUUGUCGGAAUAUCCUGUGUAUUCUCUGCUCCGCAGUAUAGAGAUUUGAUUCCCAAUGGCUAUCAAGUGUUUAAUCCUUGUGGAGCGAACUUUUGGGAGGCUGUAGGUCAUUAUAAUGACGUUCACCACACCAUUGACAAAAACCCAUUCGGAAAGGACUUUGCUGCAGCAGGACGAACAUGGACUGUUGAUCUCUGUCAAAAAGACUCUGACGGGGAUGGAAAAUCUAAUGGUGAGGAGCUAGGGGACCCAAACUGCACGUGGACAGCAGGAUCCACCCCAUCAGGCAAAUCAACGGGACAACCCGGUAUAUGUGAGCCUAUUCGUUCUGGGGUUUGUGCAUCAGUAGCCUUUUCUUGCGGAUGUCACGGUCAUCAGUGUGUGGGUUGAAUACUCAAUAAACUAUAUAUUUUAUCCAAUAA